AUGAAGCGUCAAAGAAGAUCGAUGGCUGUUUGGAGCCGUUUCUUGGGGCUUUUGCUCGUCUUUCUGGCUAUUUUACCUGGAUUUCAGGGGAAAAAAUCAAAAUGUCAGAAAAUUACGAUCCCGCUUUGUGCGAACAUUGGCUACAACACAACCCGAUUUCCGAACUUUUUAGGACAAGAGAACGAAGAAGAUGCAGCAUCAAAAAUUCAAGAAUUCACUCCCCUGGUGGCGGUGAACUGUGCGCCGCAGUUACGUUUCUUUCUGUGUUCUGUUUUCGCGCCUAUGUGUGCCGAGGGAAUUGAUCGUCCGAUUUACUCGUGUAGAUCAAUGUGCGAGGCAGCGCGUAAUGGUUGUACCCCCGUGAUGCAGAAGUUCGGGUUCGACUGGCCCGGCACAUUGGACUGCAAUCUAAUGCCUUAUCAAGGUGACCCGCGAGCCAAGAGCGAUCCUAGCAAAUUGUGCAUGGCUCCACAGAACCUGGAACAUCGGCCCGUAAACAUGACUGAAUUGUUAAAAAAUGUCGACAAUAUGGACCCCACGUAUAGAGAUUUGUUGGAACGAUUAGGAAAGUUACCCGGUCCGUGGGCAACCGUCAAGUCAACAGCAGCCCCAACAACGGAGUAUGAUACGGGGCAAAUGAACCCUAAUAACACCAAUGUAGGAGCGAUAAGCACGUUAGCAAUGUGCAGAAACGACACGAGAAACGUGCUGAGCAAAAGUUUUAUACGCGUGGACAAAUACGAGGAUGAAAUCUGUGUCCCCAGGUGCGGAGAGGACGUGUAUUUCACCGCGAGUAACCGACGUUUUGUAGAAACGUGGGUUACUGUAUGGUCCGUAUUGUGUUUCAUCUCAACUACAAUCACAGUUCUAACGUUCGCGAUCGACACUUCAAGAUUUAAAUACCCGGAACGACCCAUCAUAUUUCUCUCCCUGUGCUACAACCUUUACUCGAUGGCCUAUAUAGUGAGGGCGAUUGCUGGUACGGAGAAAAUUAUAUGCGACAAAGAGAGACAGUAUGUUGUUACAGCGGGUAUGAACAUUGCAGACCAUGCUGGUUGUUCUGUUGUCUUUCUUAUGCUUUAUUACUUCGGAAUGGCUUCGGCGCUUUGGUGGGUAGCCCUCACCUUUGCAUGGUUCCUGGCCGCCGGAUUAAAAUGGGGACAAGAAGCGAUUGAAGCCAAAGCGACCUACUUUCACAUCGUUGCGUGGACUGUACCUGCAGUUCAAACAAUCAUUGUUCUCAUCCUGAGAAAAGUCGACGCAGAUGAACUUAGCGGGCUCUGUUACGUCGGCAACAGUGACAAGAAAAACCUAGGGGCCUACGUUCUUGCACCCUUAUCACUUUAUCUCAUUUUGGGCACGCUUUUUCUCUUGGCGGGUUUCAUCGCGCUCUUCCGCAUUCGCAUGGUUUUAAAGAACAAGGAAACCGACACGAACAAACUCGAAAAGCUCAUGGUUCGAAUCGGCGUGUUUUCAGUUUUGUACACGGUUCCUGUCACGGCCGUUGUCGCUUGUUACUUUUACGAACACGCUAAUAUGGAGCGUUGGCGAUUGAACGUUUUGCGCUGCCAGGGUGUAGAAAGCUGCGUUGAGGAGCAAGGGCCCAGCGUAGAGCUUUUCACCGUAAAAUAUUUCAUGCUUUUAGCCGUAGGCAUAACAUCGAACAUGUGGAUUUGGUCGACAAAAACUUUUCAGGCUUGGCGUGGCUUUUACCAAAAGAAAUGCGCCGGAGGGGACGAGAAGUCUGCAGAGAAGAAACCUCUCACGCAGGCCUCACAGAACAGUUUUAAAAAUAAUCAGGGACGCGUUGCGGCCAAUACAAAUUUCCCUUAUGCAUUUAACGCUCCAGCCCCUUAUCCACAAAGUGCUUCAACAGCUGCGACUUCAGUGGCUGUCCCCUCGCCUAGCUUGCCUCAAAGCAAAGCGAGCAGUGUGGCUGCUGGCGCUACGGUGUAA